GCUUCGAGAGCUGCUUAUACCUAUCCUCCGUACGUAAACGCUCAAAACUCUUAUCUGCCGAUUCCUCGAGGUGUCAGUGUACCACAGUUCGUUGUUGUUGUUGCUGCUGCUGCUGUUGUUUAUUAUCAUGUGCUCGGCUAGUGGUCUCGGUUGGUGCUCCGAGUGCAGACGAUAAAAGUGCGAAAAAAUUUCUUUUUGCCGCAAGGAUGUGGCCGCGGUCGAGUCGCGGCAGUUCAUCGGGCCCAGCUCGACUGUUGUCCUCGUGCUGUCUCGUCCUCGUUCUCCUCGUCAGCAGUACGACGAGCCUGAAGAAUCUCAAGAUAAUCGUGCCGGAGCGGGUGAGGGUGGGCGACUCGGCCCUGCUCACCUGCAGCUACGACCUCGAGGACGCCCAGCUCUACGCGAUCAAGUGGUACUUCGAGGACGAGGAGUUCUAUCGCUUCGUGCCGAAGAAGCAGCCGCCCCACGACACCUUCCCCGUGCGCAACAUACAGGUCAACGUAUCGGGAUCGAAUAUGCAAGACGUGACGCUGGUCAACGUGCGGCGAAAGCACACGGGCCGAUACAAGUGCGAGGUGUCGGAGGAUCAGCCGCGCUACGACACCAAGCUCCAGGAGGCCGACAUCUUCGUAGUCGACGUCCCGGAAAUGGAGCCGAGAAUCCAGGUGGACAAGCAGCGUCUGGCGGACGGCGACACGCUCAAGGCCAACUGCACCUCGGGAGCCUCGAGGCCCGCGGCCAACGUCACCUGGACCGUCAACGGAAAGCCGCUGGAUAAUCGACGGAUGAAAUUCCACGUGCGCACGCAGUCGCUGCACGUGCAGGACGACGACAGGCAUCGCACGCGCUCCUGGCUCCAACUCGACACGCAGGGCCUGUUUCAGGAUUAUCGGCUGAGGCUGCGCUGCUUCGCCGAGAUCGCACCCGUGUACAAGGCCUCGAGCACGGUGGACCUGCAGCAGGACGGGCCCUCCGUCGCCUCGCCCCACAGCCAUCAGUCCAGCGGGAGCAACGAAACGACCGGAGCACCCCCGUGGUCCUUCAAGAUGAUCGUACUCAUGCUGAAUCUGAUCCUCGGCAUACUGAUGGACGCAGUCUCGACGACGGCGACGAGGUGAUCAGCGUCAUCGGGCCCAACAACGACGCGCACGAAUGAAAAAAAGUGAGUGCCCAGUGGCGCUGGAUCGUUUCCACUGCUGCGACGACGACGAAGAUCGUCGAGAGCCGAGCGAUUAUACGCAUUCACUUUUGCUUGAUUAUUGAUAUAACUUACGAUGUACGAUAAUUAAUAACGAUGUAACGAUUUACGAAUUGUACAGUUUUUGACGCAUGUUAUUUUUUGAUAUAAUAACAAUUAUCGUGUAAUCCUUACCGAUAUGAGUGAGCGGUUAUUUAUUUCGCCGGAGUUUUUCUAUAUUUAAUACAGACGCUCGUUUUUUGUAUUUACGUCAAUUACGUGCCAUC